CAAGACCUGUCACCAUAGAAUUGUUCGACGUCGCCUUCUCUUCCGGACGAGAGGUUGUUAGGGUUUUUUUUACCCCUCACAUUCAAUUUUAAAACGCUCGCGUUGCUCUUUUCCCUUCCUCUUUUUCUCUCUCUGGCAUUCUGAAAACUUCCUGUAUUGUUUUGUCUCGAUUAGUUCUAUGCCUUUUGUGUGCUAGCUAGAAGCUAGCUCAGUUGGAAAAGGUUUCGAAGUUGUUGAUCUGGUGGUGGAGGAUGAUUGGCCGGCGGAAGGAGGAGGAGGAGGAUGGCAGGGCUAUGAAUCUCGUCUUCCUUCCUUUGGCUUUCAACGCGUUCAUUGUUGCAUCUGAAGCGUUCUCGGAAAAAAUCUCAUCAGAUCGCGAUCAAGAUUGCUGUUAGACAACAGCCGGCGUCAAAUCGCGUUAGAUCCAUUCAUUUCUAUCCACCAUCCUCUCUCUCUCUCUUUCUCUCCGUUUUUCCUCUUUUUUUUUUUUUGUGGAAAGACGUUUGAGGCGAUGGACCCUCAACAUAGCGGGUGCAUGAGUGAAGGUAACAGCAGUGGCUACCCAGAUGUCGAGUACAUUGAGAUGGAUCCCACGGGGCGGUACGUCCGGUACAAAGAUGUUUUGGGGAGAGGGGCAUUUAAGACAGUAUAUAGAGCUUUUGAUGAAAUUGAUGGGAUAGAAGUGGCUUGGAAUCAAGUUAGAAUCGAUGAGGUGUUGCAGUCUCCAGAGAAUCUUGAGAGAUUAUAUUCAGAAGUCCACUUGCUGAAAUCCUUGAAGCAUGAUAAUAUCAUUAAGUUCUAUAACUCAUGGGUUGAUGAUCAGAAGAAAACCAUAAACAUCAUAACUGAGCUCUUCACUUCUGGAAAUUUGAGACAAUAUCGUAGAAAACAUAAAAAUGUUGAUUUGAAGGCAAUAAAGAACUGGGCAAGACAAAUUCUUCGUGGUUUGGAGUAUCUGCACAAUCACAAUCCACCCAUUCUUCAUAGAGAUCUGAAAUGUGACAACAUAUUUGUCAAUGGAAAUCAUGGUGAAGUUAAAAUUGGAGAUCUUGGAUUGGCUACUGUGAUGCAGCAACCUCUUGCCCAUAGUGUUAUUGGUACUCCCGAGUUUAUGGCUCCAGAACUUUAUGAUGAAGAGUAUAAUGAGCUAGCUGAUAUCUAUUCUUUUGGUAUGUGCAUGCUUGAGAUGGUUACUCUAGAAUAUCCUUAUAGUGAAUGCAAAAAUCCAGCUCAGAUUUACAAGAAAGUUACCUCGGGAAUCAAGCCGGCUGCACUUGCUAAAAUAACAGAUAGUCCAAUAAGUCAAUUUAUUGAGAAAUGCUUGGUUCAUGUCUCUGCAAGAUUGUCUGCCAAAGAGCUUCUGAAAGAUCCUUUUCUCCAAUGUGACAAUUCAUCCGAGUCUUGUCAUACUCCUAUUCAAUUAACAGCUCAAGUUCCUAGUGAUACCAACUUUCAGUCAAUUUCUACAGAUGUAGAAUCUGAUUAUAAGUCGCUUCCUAUCAGCACUGGUGCAAAUAGUAGCCAUGAGAUCCCUGCUUUUCACAUUCUUGAAUUUGUGCGAAAUAAUAGAGGCACUGAAUUUAGAUUGAAGGCAGAGAAAGUUGAUGAUAAUUCGAUCGCGCUUGUCUUGCGGAUUGCAGAUUGUAAUGACAAUGCGAGGAUUGUUCAUUUUCCAUUUUAUUUGGAUUCUGACACAGCACAUGCAAUAUCUGCUGAAAUGGUGGAACAAUUAGAAUUGCCUGAUUAUCAUGUUGAUUUCAUAGCUGAUUUUAUUGAUUUCGUGAUUAUGAAGCUAGUUCCUGGUUGGAAACCUUCGAUAGAUAACUCUUCUAAUGGAAUAAUGAGUCCAUUGAUGGAAUGUGAAGUAGGUGGUAAGGAUGAAGCUUCGCAGCAGUGUCAAUGUGCUUUGCCAUCUACCAUUUCUUCUGUUGAUAUUGGGAUAGAUCAGCUUAUUUUAUCUCAGCUUGAAGUCAAUUCAUACAAGAAAGUGGAUGAAAAUAUGUGUCAUGCAGAUUGCAAUUCUUUCUCCAGUCCUGUAAACUAUGAUGAUAAAUACUCUCAAGGAUCAGCUAUGUCCUUAGUGAUGACUGCCAGUUGUAAAAGUUUUAGCGAAUAUGCAACAGACAUUGAUUCUGCCGCUGCGGAUUGUGAUAUUGGCAAAUGCCAAGAAGAAUUGAAAGCGGAGCUUGAAGCUAUUGAAGCUCAAUAUCAACGGUGGUUUCAAGAUCUGUCAAGGAGGAGGGAAGAAGCUAUUGAAAGCGCUAGAAAGAGGUGGUCCAUGAAGAAGAGAGAUGACUAAUUGUGUUUCUCCUCUUUUUGUAAAUUUGAUGUAUUUCUUUGUUAUGUUUUAUUUUGAAGGUAUACAAUAAUUGUAUAACCAAUCAAAAAACAUGAUAUAAAAACAUUAUGCAGUUAUAGAAGAUUGUAUAUGAGUAGUUGAUUGAGAAUAAUAAAAUUUUAGAGUAUGAUAUAUGUUGGCCUUAGCAA